AUGCCGUCCUUGCUCAGUGAUGUAUUCUGCCAGUGCCAAUCAGGCGACACCCACCUAGGGGUCGACCCGGUCGGCGGGCACACUGAAGACCCCCCCUCAACAGCCCCCCGGCAGCCCGGGGCCGGGGGCCGUCACUCGGAGCCGGGUCAGUCAACGCAUCAAUGUGACACGUGUGGGGGGCCCGAGCAGGAGCACAGGCUGAAGGUUCUGUUCCAGGUCCUGGAUGUGAACGGGGAUGGAGGCAUCUGUGUCAACGACCUGACUAUUGGGCUGAAGAAGUUAGGAGUACACCGCACUGAACAUGAGCUCAGGUGGUCUGAAACUACUUUCCACACCCUGGAGGAUGGAGGCGUGGUGGAGUACUGCACAACCACUGUGAGUGACUCCACUCCCACCAUGGUGGCGGCCGUUGAGGCUCCAGUGGAGAUGCUGGCUGCCUCCUCUGCCUCUCCCCCUCCACCUCAGAGUCAUGCCAAACCUCAGGAGCUGAAGAGCCGCAUCGCCCUCAACUCUGCCCGCCUGCUGCAGGAGCAGAGGGUCACCAACGUUCACAUCCGUCAGAUCGCCCAGCACAUGGAGGGACAGAACGAGCUGCUGCAGAUGAUGCGGCGCUCUCAGGAAGCUCAGGCCUUCGCACAGGAGAGACAGGCCCAGGCGCUGGAGGGCACCCAGGCCGCACUGCUGGCCUUAGUGCAGCUGCUCAAACCUGCUCUCAAAGACCUGCGCAAAUUCCUCCAGAGUGGGACUGAAGCAUCCAACUCCAGCAGCUCCACAGCAGAGCAGCAGAGGUCCAGAACACCGCCACCUCCACAGCCGGCCGAGGAGGCACAAUAGACUGUGUGUGUGUGUGUGUGUGUGUGUGUGUGUGUGUGUGUGU